GUGUCCUGUCAGCCGAAGCUGUCACCCUGCACCCAGCCCAUGAAAAACACAAAAUAGAAAAUUUAUUAAAGUUAACCUGUAGUGGAUUUGUUCGCGGACAGUGUUUCGCAAUAAAAUAUAGCAAAUUCCAUACAAAAUGCUAUCCAGCUUGAGAAGUGGGGUGCAAGGUUUGUGGAGGGCCUCGUCUAGGGCCCUGCAGACGACCGCCAACUUGCAACAUGACAGUCUUUUUGUGCACCGUGACACCCCUGAAGAUAACCCUAGCAUUCCGUUUGAGUUCACCCCAGAAAAUCAAAAGCGGGCUGAUGCUUUAUUAGCUAUAUAUCCCGAUGGUCACAAGAGAGGAGCGAUGAUCCCUCUCCUGGAUCUAGCUCAACGUCAAAACGGUGGAUGGCUACCCAUUUCAGCCAUGCACAAGGUAGCGGAAAUAUUGAAUCUACCUCGCAUGAGAGUUUACGAAGUGGCAACUUUCUACACUAUGUUUAUAAGAAGACCAAUUGGCAAAUACCACUUACAAGUGUGCACCACAACACCAUGCUGGCUGAGGGGCUCGGAUGCUGUUCUCAAAGCCAUUGUAGAAGCAACUGGAUGCGAAGUCGGCGGAAACAGCCCUUGUGGCAAAUUCUCUGUAUCAGAGGUUGAAUGCCUUGGAGCUUGUGUCAAUGCCCCAAUGGUUCAAGUCAAUGAUGAUUAUUAUGAAGACCUAUCCGUACAAGACACUUUAGAGAUCAUUGAGAAACUCAAGAAGGACGAGAAACCAAAACCUGGUCCCAGGAGUGGCAGAUACGCCGCGGAACCCCUGGGAGGGCUCACCUCCCUGACCGAAGAACCCAAAGGCCCAGGCUUCGGACUCCAAGACGCCCUCAAGUAAAGCAGAUGUAAUAUAGGAAUAUUUAAAUAAAGUUGUGUUAGAUA